AUGAGAGCCCAGAGGUGUCUCCUUCCUCGAGGAACUUUAAAAAGCUGCGCGUGGAAGUCACACGCCUCCGCCGAAGUGAAACGCUGCCGGAAUUUCGAGAGCUCCACCGCCCCCGCUAUUAUUGCCGUGAGGAGAAGCCGACGAGAAACCAUCCCGUCACACCGUCUUAAAAAGUGUUCUUCACAAUUUCUAUCUCCCUCGACGACUCCGUCAGUGAGAGUGCCCGGAGAAGGAGAGAGAGAGGUUUCUGCGAUGUCGUUAAACCCUAGCAAUGGCGGAAUCGACGACCAGAAAGAGAAGAAGCCGAAAGUAUUUGUGAUAAUGGGUCCCACAGGCUCUGGGAAAUCGAAGCUGGCCGUUGACUUGGCGUCUCAAUUUCCGGUGGAGAUCAUUAACGCCGACGCAAUGCAAAUCUACAGUGGCCUCGAUGUUCUCACCAAUAAAGUCCCCACCAACGAGCAAAAAGGAGUUCCUCAUCAUCUACUAGGGACAGUGAGCCCAGAUACAGAGUUUACGUCUAAGGAUUUUCGAGACAACACUAUUCCUCUAAUUGAGGAGAUACUUUCUCGAAAUCACAUUCCAGUUCUUGUUGGAGGAACAAAUUAUUAUAUACAGGCUGUUGUGAGUAAAUUUCUUCUUGAUGAUUCAGCAGAAGAAGACACCGAGGAGUGUUGUUCAAAUGUUACUACUCCAGAAGGCUUAAAUGUCGAGUCUAUAUGUGAAGGAGAUGAUUUUAGCCGUGGCUAUGACCUUCUUAAAGAGCUUGAUCCUGUGGCAGCAAACAGAAUUCACCCUAACAAUCACAGAAAAAUUAAUCAAUACCUGAGCUUACAUGCUCGUAGAGGAGUUCUUCCGAGCAAGCUAUUUCAGGGAGAGAAUGCAGAGAACUGGGGACGAAUUGAUGCCUCUCGUUACGAUUACUGUUUGAUAUGUAUGGACGCUGAAACCUCGGUGCUGGACAGAUAUGUUGGAGAGAGAGUAGAUUCCAUGGUGGAUGCUGGACUACUUGAUGAACUAUAUGAUAUAUACAAACCAGGAGCCGACUAUACCAGAGGCUUAAGGCAAUCCAUAGGUGUUAGAGAGUUUGAAGAUUUCCUGAAAAUGUAUCUCUCCGAUGGAGGAGAAAGCAAGGAUGAUGAUAAGUUUAUGAAGGAGGAUAUGAAGAAGAUUCUGAGUUUUUCGAAGGACGAUACGUUGAGGAUUAUGUUGGAGGAAGCCAUUGAGAAGGUGAAGUUAAAUACCAGAAGGCUUCUACGUCGCCAAAAAAGAAGAGUUAAUCGGCUAGAAACUGUCUUUGGCUGGAAUAUUCAUCAUAUUGAUGCAACUGAGUGUUUACUAAACAAAUCUGAAGAGUCGUGGGAUGCUAAAGUGGUCAAACCUGCUACAGAGAUCAUACGGUGUUUCCUGGAGGCGGAAACUGAAUUUGGUCAUGAUUCAACUUCAGGAAAACUAAUUGAAAGAGAUCUGUGGAGUCAAUAUGUUUGUGAGGCUUGUGGAAACAAGGUACUAAGAGGAAGACAUGAGUGGGAGCACCAUAGUCAAGGCCGUGCACAUCGUAAGAGAACCACUCAACAUAAAAAGGCUCAAACUUUCAAAAGCAGAGAGAAGCAAGAAGAAGAAGAAGAAGAAGUGGAGAAAGCAAGUAUAUCGUAG